AUGGUGCGUCUGAGGGAGAUCCCCCGGACGGCCACGUUCGCAUGGUCCCCCGGGGCCGCAUCGCCAUUUAUAGCAACCGGAACUCGCGCUGGCGCUGUGGAUGUUGACUUCUCCAAUGAAACGUGCCUGGAGCUCUGGGAUCUGAGCUUGAACAACCAGGAAGCUGGUGGGGAGCUGCAGCCGGUGGCUAAGAUCGAUACUGAUUCUGGUUUCAAUGACCUCGCAUGGACGGAAUCCGAAGACAAUUCACGGGGAAUCAUCGCCGGUGCUUUGGAGAAUGGAUCGUUGGAUCUGUGGGAUGCCGACAAGCUGCUUAGCGGAUCAAGCGAUGCCGUCAUGUCGAGGAAUUCCAAACAUUCAGGAGCUAUCAAGGCUCUUCAGUUCAACCCGAAGCAUUCGAAUCUGCUGGCUACCGGAGGCGCCAAGGGAGAGCUCUACAUCUCCGACCUGAACAACAUCGCGAACCCGUACCGACUUGGAGGCACCGCUGCCCGUGCCGAUGACAUUGAGUGUCUGGACUGGAACAAGAAGGUGCCGCACAUCCUGGUUACCGGUAGCAACGCGGGCUUCGUCACCGUGUGGGAUGUCAAGACGAAGAAGGAGAGCUUGACCCUGAACAACAUGGGCCGGAAGGCCGUUAGUUCUGUGGCGUGGGAUCCUGAGAAGCCCACCAAACUCGUCACGGCGACCCCUUUGGAAUCCGAUCCUCUGAUCUGCGUUUGGGAUCUGCGCAACUCUCACGCUCCGGAAAGGAUCCUUCGAGGCCACGAGUCCGGCGUGCUGUCGCUGUCCUGGUGUGCACAAGACCCCGAUCUCCUCCUCUCGUCCGGAAAGGACAAUCGCACUAUCUGCUGGAACCCGCAGACCGGCCAAUCGUACGGCGAAUUCCCCGUGGUCACGAACUGGACUUUCCAGACUCGCUGGAACCCUCACAACCCCAACUUCUUUGCGACCGCCUCGUUCGAUGGACGCAUUGCCGUCCAGACUAUCCAGAACACCGGCAAUGAAGCCGCUCAGACUAUUGCCGACCAGAACCAGGCCCUUGACGGAGAGGACUUCUUUGCGAAGGCGCAGACCCAGCCUCAGGUGUCGAGCUUCUCGCUACCCAAGGCUCCCAAGUGGCUCGAGCGCCCCUGCAGUGCCGCUUUCGGUUUCGGUGGACGAGUCGUCUCCAUUGGGUUGGCGGAGAAGGGCCAGCGUGCUUCGAAGAUCAAGAUUAGCCCCUUCGAGGUGGACGAGGCCGUCGGCAAGUCCACGGAGACCUUUGAGAACGCCCUGAAGGAGGGUGACCUUCGCAGCAUUUGUGAAACUCGCGCUUCGGGCGCAGCCAGUGACGAGGAGAAGGCCGACUGGAAGGUUAUUGAAGCGUUAAUCUCCAACGACCCCCGGAAGAGCCUGGUCGAAUACCUUGGGUUCCAAGACCAAGCUGAUGAGGCUGCCGAUUCAUUGGCCAAGCUCGGACUGGACAAGGAGGGAGAGGAGGAUGUCAACGGAGAGCCGGUGAAAGAGUCCCGCGGGUCGGGAGCCAAGAAGCACAGGCGCCUGCAAUCGAUGUUCGAUGCGAACCCUGAGGAGGACAACUUCCUGUCGGAUCUGGCUGCUUCCAAAGGAGCCAAGACCAACAACCCCUUCCAGAUCUUCAACGGUUCUGAAUCCGAUGCCGAGAAGGGUAUCACCCAUGCCUUGCUUGUCGGUGACUUCAACAAGGCCCUUGAUGUCGCCCUGAAGGAGAACCGCAUGUCCGAUGCUUUCAUGAUCGCCAUCUGCGGAGGUCCGAAGUGCAUCGAGAAGGCGCAGGAGCACUACUUCUCCAAGCAGACCGAGAGCCCCAACUACGUUCGCUUGCUCGCAUCGAUCGUCGGCAAGAACCUGUGGGACGUCGUGUACAAUGCCGACCUUUCCAACUGGAAGGAAGUCAUGGCGUCGCUGUGCACUUUCGCCGAGGAGAAGGAAUUCGCUGACCUCUGCGAAGCGCUGGGUGACCGGCUGGAGGAGCAGAUCCGGGCCACAGAUGACAAGGCCGCCCGCAAGGAUGCCUCGUUCUGUUACCUGGCUGGAUCCAAGCUUGAGAAGGUUGUCUCUAUCUGGAUUGAAGAGCUCCGCGAGAAUGAGCAGCAGGCCAUUGAGACCGCUUCUGAUGACUCUACAUUCUCGAUCCACGUGCGCGCCCUGCAGGGACUGAUCGAGAAGGUGACCAUCUUCCGCCAAGUGACCAAGUUCCAGGACACCGAGCGAACCAAGGAGUCCGACUGGAAGCUCGGUACUUUGUACGACAAGUAUAUUGAGUACGCUGACGUCGUGGCUACCCACGGUCGUCUGCAAGUUGCCCAGAAGUAUCUCGACCUUGUUCCGGAGAAGCACCCCGAGGCUGAAAUCGCCCGCAACCGCAUUCAGCUGGCUACGAGACAGGCUCCUGCCCAGCGAGUCCAGCAGCAAGUGCGCCCUGCGUCUAGGACGACCACCCCCAUGACCAAGCCUCUUCCUCCGGUCACGCAACCUAGCGCAUAUCAACCUCAGACCACCUUCUCACCAAGUGCUGCUGCUGCUCCCAACAUGUACGCGCCGCCGACGGCUGCUUCCAACCCCUAUGCUCCUCCUACUGCGGCCGCCGCCAAUCCUUAUGCUCCACCAACUUCCGCGGCUGCUCCUAACCCUUACGCUCCGUCGACUGCUGCUCCUGCUGCGAACCCCUAUGCUCCCGCUGCCGCGGCUACCCCAGCUCAGCCAAACCCCUAUGCCCCCGCAUCUGGUAGCAGCUACGCUCCCACGGGUUACCAGCCCACGGCCGUGCCUACGUACGGUGCUCAGCCAUUAGGCGGCGGCGUGCCUCCCCCGCCUCGUGCAUCUAACCAGUCUCCGGCUACCGUCACCACGUACACCACCGCAACCAACCUCCCUGCCUGGAAUGAUCUGCCCGAGGGCUUCGCAAAGGCUCCCACAUCCCGCCGAGCAACCCCUGCCGUCGCUGCUGCACCUGUCGCUGCGCCUUUCCCGAACCAGUCGCCUACUAUCGGGGGUCCGCCACCAGUAGGCGCCCCGCGAGCACCUUCCGUUCCACCCCCACCGAAGGGCUCCGCGCCUCCGCCCCGGGUGACCUCGCCCCCUUCGGCCCACCAGUCGGUGUCUUCGAUCCCGGGUGUGAUUCCGCCAGCCAACCCCUACGCCUCCCUGCCUCAGUCUCCUCCAACAGCCACCAUGGGAGUGCCGCCGCCAUCGCUUCCUCGCGGUCCCUCCCCGUACAAUGCGCCGCCGUCGAUGCCCCCACCCACGAAUCGGUACGCCCCUAGCCCGGCAGCUCAAGCAGCAAGCCCCCAAUUGCAGACUCGCGCACCUGUCCCUCCUCCUCCCCAGGCAGCCGCCUCUCCUUACGCCUCUCAGCCGGCACCAAUUCCUCCCCCUGUAAACCAGUACGCCCCUGGUGCGCCUCCCCCCAUGCAGCAGGCUCCUCCCCCGGCUGCGGGAUCCCGUCCUAGCACCGCUUCUUCGCAAAGGAAGGCCACGCCCGCUCCUCCCAAGUACCCCCCUGGUGAUCGCACUCACAUCCCCGCGGAUGCCAUGCCCGUCUACGAAAUACUGUCAGCGGACAUGCAGCGUGUCAAGUCCCGGGCCCCGUCUUCCUUCAAGGCGCAAGUCGAUGAUGCCGAACGGCGAUUGAGCAUCCUGUUCGACCACCUGAACAACGAGGAUCUGCUCAAGCCCAACACCGUUGCGGACAUGGCCGAACUGGCUCGUGCCAUUCAGGCUCGUGACUACGAGACGGCGCGAACGAUCCACAUCGACAUUAUGACCAACCGGACUGAAGAGUGCGGUGCCUGGAUGGUCGGUGUGAAACGUCUCAUCAGCAUGAGUCGCGCUACCCCGUAA